CACGCGAUAGGAUUAGCAGUGUAUUAUGUUUACUUAAAAUUUGUGGCAUUCACUUAUUGGCGGAGAAAAAAUGUGCCGCACGAAAAGCCAGUACUCAUUUUUGGAAACAUUUUACGUUCGUGUUUGGGGCUAGUGAGUAUUGGUGAAGAUGUAAAACGAAACUACGACAAAUUCCGUGAUCAUCCAGUACACGGUAUUUACAUGUUAUCGAAUCCCGUACUGAUGGUCAACGACCCCGAGCUCGUCAGGCUCGUUCUUGUCAAAGAGUUUUCGAAAUUUCGCGAUCGAGGCCUCUAUCACAAUGAGAAAGUCGACCCACUGACUGCCAACCUGUUCUUCUUACCCGGCGAAAAAUGGAAGCGACUCAGGUCGAAAUUGAGUCCGACAUUUUCAUCGAGCAAGUUAAAGGGCAUCUAUCCAUUGAUCAAAGAAAUCGGAGACGAGCUGAUCAAGACCGUGGAAAAGUCGAUCGUCGACGGAAAUGUAGUGAUCGAAGUCAAAGAUUUAUCAUCCAGGUACACUACCGACACUAUCGUAUCUAUGGCAUUCGGUUUCAACUGCAAUACACUGAAAGAUCCCAAAUCGGAUUUCCGCAAGUACGGCGAUAUGAUUGUGAAAAAAAGGCCAAAUAUACAAUUGACCUUCGGCAUGUUUUCACCGGAGCUGCUGACCUUCUUGCGGAUUCGUUUGAUCGACAAAGUGGUGUAUGACUUUUUCAUACGUGUUUUCUCCGAGAUGGUUAAUUUAAGAAAGAAAGGAAACGUCAAGAGAGAUGACGUUUUGAAUCUGUUGAUGCAAUUAGUAGAAAAAGGAUAUAUCGGGGUCAAUGAUGAAGAAAUCAGAAAAACCGUCAGUGAAUAUGACGAAACCGAUAGAAUAACACUGCUAGAGGCGUACGCUCAGGCUUUCGUUUUUUUCUUCGCCGGCUUCGAGACGAGUUCAGGUACGAUAGCUUACGCACUCUACGAAUUGGCCCUGCAUCCAGAAAUUCAGGACAAAGUUCGCGAUGAGAUACGAGAUCUAAUGGAUGCAUCCCAUGGUUGUUCCUACGAAAAUUGUGUCUAUCGAACCAAAUAUCUUGAGAUGGUCAUUAACGAGACGCUGAGAAAACAUCCAACGUCUCCAUUUUUGAAUCGCAUCUGCACGGAAGACUGUGAAUUUCCCAGCAUUAAUAUGAACGUGCAAAAGGGCACCAAGAUCAUGAUUUCGGCAUCGGGGAUAAUGCGAAAUUCCAACUUCUAUCCUGAUCCCGAUAAAUUUGACCCAGAACGUUUUUCUCAAGAAAAUAUUGAUUCCAGAGACCCCUACACAUUUCUUCCGUUUGGCCAAGGACCUCGGAGUUGCAUUGGUAUUCGUCUUGGAAUGAUACAGACAAAAAUUGCUCUGAUCAGUCUACUGUCGAAAUUUAAAUGCUCGCCCUGCUCGGACACACCGGUGCCACUGAAGUACUCGCCGAAAUCUAUUGUGCAAGUUCCGGAUCGCGGCAUACCGCUGAGAUUCGAAAGGGCCCGAUGACGCAUAUUUGAUAAUUAAUUUUAGUUACGUGAUAAAUAACGCACCAAACUCGUUACA